AUUCGAACAGUUUACUGUUCAUUCCUUCAAGAUAUCGGCAAGAGGCUUGGAGUACCUCAGGUCACUAUUGCAACAGCAAUGAUGUUAUGCCAUCGCUUUUAUCUCCAUCAGUCUCACAGAAGGAAUGAAUGGCAGGUAAGGAAUCAUAUAUGUUAUGCACUUGUGUGUGUCACGUUAAACUUGUUACUGCAUUGUCAUGCAAUUAACUGUCUGUUGUUCUAAAGAAACAUAUAAACUUACAAACUGAUUCAGAUUUCAUCGAGUUAUGUUCUCUGAUGAUAUUUUGAGUACCGGGGCAAAAUGCCCAGGAGAUUUAUUAAUUAGAAAAAAUAGAUCCAAAAUAUAUAUACAGAGGAAGACAGAGAAGAAGUACAGUAGGAAAUGAGAAAAGAUUAGAAUACGAAAAAGACUAAUAUCACUUUCUACAUCAAGCUGUUGCGUUGCUUCGAGUCAAGCACCUAUUUCAGUGUAAGGCGGUGUUGUCUUACUAAAGGAAGAUGAUCAUCAAUCAGGAUAUGAAGAGUGUUUGCAUCUUUUCCAAAAUACUUUUGCAUUCCGUUCAUUCCAAAUAUCAACGUAGUAUGCAAGGACGAUAAAAUCCCUUUGACUAACGAUGUCUGAAGGGAUGUUCUGACACUAAAAGUCCCAAAGUACUGCAGGCAAUGAUGGAAGUUGAUUUGAGAAAUAACCGACAAGAAUAAGAACUUAAAUACUGUGAGUGUAAGAAUUGUGGAGGAAGAUGUAAUCGUUGGUCUCUGGACUGUUUGUUACAAAGGACACUUGUAAGAUUAUGUAGCCAAUUCCUUUUGGCAAGGUUAUCGAGGUGAGCAAUUAAUCAUAUAGUGCUAGCUACAUGAGACUUUUCACUUUGAGUUGAGGUGAAGAAGGGAUGACCAGAAAAUUGAUGUUGAACGAGCAUUAAAGAGAUGUAACUGCGAAGGCAUUCUUUGUAAUAAGCUUCUAUGUCCUAGCAUUCAGUCCUUCUGUCCAAUUGUGAAGAUUUAAAAUUUUUAUGAGUUUUGCAAGUCUGGAAGCAAAUAAGGCGGUGGCCAUCACCUAAACUUGAGCCCCAGCAAGGUGGUUAUCAAUGUUCCCUUUGGGAAGACACUCUUUGUAAUAGGCUUUCAAGACGUAACAUUCGGUCCUUCUGCCCAAUUAUAUGAGCUUAAAGUGUUUAGGAGUUGUUGCAAGCCUGGAAGCAAAUAAGCUACUGGUCACCGCCUAAAUUUGGAUCCCAAACAAAGUGGUUUUGAUUGCUUCCAUUAAGAAGGGAUUAGAUCCCUGGAACUACAUUAUUCUCACCAUUUUGAUGGUUGUCCUCAACAUCUCUAUUUUCUGUAUCAUACUAAUUCCAUUAGAGCUCCAUAAACAGGAAUUCAUUGGACGUCAAAUAAAGCUCAGGUUAUUUCUCUUUUAUCUUACUGGUGUUCAUCAACGUUCAAAUACAGCAUAUUUUCUUCAAAAAAAAAUUUGGUUCAUUUUGGACAGCGAAAGAAUUCCCCUUAACAAUAUAUAGUGGAGGUAACCUCAUUUUUGUACUUAAACUGGCGAUCUGUUAACAUUCAUUCUUCUCCUUCAAUCUUAUUAAGGUUUCCUGACUUUUUUACUUGUUUUUCCAGAUACCAAAAAAUUGCCCAACUAUAUAUACCAAGUGUUUGGGUUAGUUCAGGGUUAAAUAAUUUGUUUAAGAGAUCACUUUGCGCGCAAGGAUAUGAGAAUUACGGAGCCUACUCAAUAUCCUCUACUAUAUUGAACAAGGAUCUGGGUUAAAGCCCCUUUGGCAUCUUCCCUGGAGAGUACCUAAUAUGCAGAAAUAUUUUAUUUAUAUUUCAGAAACUUACUGAACCUGACGGCUCCAACUGUUUCAUAAUCCACUUUUCAAUUUGCGAAGAAUGGAAUAAAUACAUAUGCUUUUCUGUCUAAUAUCUCAGACGAUUGCAACGGUUUCCAUGUUCCUUGCUUCAAAGGUUGCAGACACUCCUUGCCAUUUGCAUAAGGUUGUUAAAGUGGCAUACGAGACGAUGUACCAACAGGAGCCUGCUUCUGCUCGGAGAAUAUAUCAGAAGGAUAUCUUUGAGAAACAGAAGGAACUAAUCCUAAAUGGGGAAAGACUGCUUUUGUGUACCGUUCGGUAUGAUUUUGAUAUUCCGCUUCCUUAUAAACCACUCCAUGAAGCUUUUAGGAAGCUGAAGAUCACCCAAAAGGAUGUGAUACAAACAGCGUGGAAUUUUGUGAAUAACUGGCUUCGAACCACACUCUGCCUGCAAUAUGAACCCAGUUACAUUGCAGCCGGGUCUCUUUAUCUUGCUGCUAAGCAUCACAAUAUGAAACUUCCAACAGGGGAUGGUUGCAUUUGGUGGCAAUUGUUGGAAAUCGUGCCAAAACAGUUAGAUGAGAUACUUCAACAAAUGAUGGAGUUAUUGGGUUACAAUAAAAGACCUUUGGUAUCUCCUGCACCCGAGAAGCCAAAGGUAAUCCAACCUCCAGUUGCGUCUGCGGAGAAGGAAGAGGAGCCAUCAAGCAGCCCAGAGUCUUGUGUAUUGAGCAGAGAUGGGUCUUCAAUUAGAAGCCCUAGUCAUGAGUUUAGUGAGGAAGCUAGCUCAGCAAGACUCGUAGAAUUGAAGAAAAUUAGGGAAGCUCAAUGCGAGCUGAGAAAUUCUGAAAGCCCGGUUGGUGUUGUUGAGGAUUGCAGAGAGGAGCAUGCCCUUAAUAAGAUCAACGUGGACAGAAUCAAAGCAUUGAUGAAGACGCGAAAGAGGAAAACAGAAGUUAAUUACAAGUGUAUACAAGCUUUGGACGAUUCAAGUGAAGAAUCUUGGAUUCAAAGAGAGCUGGAAGCUGGAAUAGAGUUGGAAACCAAGAGGCAAAGACAAGUUUGAGAUUUUGUAGGGAGAUUGAAGUUGUUACUGCAGAUACCAUGAAAUUAUUAUGAAUGGGUCUGAACUUUAGUGGAUUAUUUUAAGCGCUGUUGUCAUUAAAAGUUAUGGCUGCAGUAGCUAAAAAUGAGCUCAGUAUGUGUUCAGUUGUACAGAAUGGCAUUGUUCAAGCUCUAUAAAUCAUUCAAUUAUAAAUGUAAUGGUUUCAUCCCUUUCUCACAAAGUUCUGUGAGGAUAGUUGUAUGUACGCGUUCAAUUUUUCUUUUGAUGAAUGUGUACACGUUCAAUUGUACAUUCUUUUAUAGCUCAAGCUCUGUAAAUCAUUCA